AGUUGGAAAUUUGGAUGGAGAAGACGUUGGCGAGUCCGCCGGGAACACUGAAACCUGGAGGCGGGAGCAAUUGCCCAAUAAAAAGAGGAAGAAAGUAAAAAAUGAAAUACUGGAUAUUUCCGUGAUUAACAUCGACAGUCACAGUUUAGGAGCGGGAGCGGGAGCGACGCACACCUCACCGGUAAGGUACACGCGCGGGACGUCCACGCCCGUGUCCAAUACGAAACCGCAGCAGGCAGCACCGAAGGUAAAAUCUAUUAUGAAAAAUUCUACAGUAAGCAUGGACGACGCGAUGGACAGCUCGGCUGCCGAUAAUCCGACGAGCAGAUCGAAAAAGAGAAACAAGUCCGUCAGUUUCAUGCUCGAUGACACUGAAGAAGUUGUUGUGAAGAAAGCAAAGUCUGAAGAAUACUUAGACAGCAACCAUCGAAACGGCAAACCUCUUAACAAGUAUGAAGAGAAAAAGAAACUUAAAAAACUGAAGAAAAGCCCACAAGCAGAGAAGGAAAACAAUGCAAAUAUCAACAUGGAGACUGAUCAGGGUGACAAACAGAAAGAUGUUUCCAGCAAGAAACUUAAAUCUAAGGACAAGUCAAAGCCCUUACUAGCAGAAGCAACUGGAGAUUCUCCUCCUUCUGAUGCUGCAGUAAGUAAUCAAGACAAGAAGAAGAAAUUUAAGAAACUUAAAAAUCGGAAUAAGACUGAGGAACCUACAGAGAAUGAAAGCAACAAUAAUGAUGAUAAUAAUGAACAUAAGACAAAAAAACUAAAAAAAAAGAAGCAUCACUCCAAAGUUGUACAUCCACCAGAUACCACAGAAACUGAAGGGGAACCAGCAACCAAAUCUCGCAAAACAGAUGUGAAACCGGAAGUAAUAGCUGAAGACCUUGAAAACCUAAGUAUUGGUGACAAUGCACACACACUUACUAACUUGCUAGAUGAAUUGACAGUAAUAGAUAAAAAUAAAAAGAAAAAGAAUAAGCUACGACGCAAGAAAGAUAAAACUAAAACUGUAAGUGUAUCAAGCAGUGAGAAUGCAGAGCUGGAAAAGAUUGAAGAAGGGAAAGAGAAGGUGAAAUGGAAGAAGAGGAAGUGGAACAAGGACAGAAAGGGAGAUGUGGAUGAUGAUACGCUAGGAACAACAGUAAUUGUGGAGAAUUUACCAUUGCAGAUCAUGUUAGAAUACAAGACUUUGUUGGCUCAUCAUUUUGGGAGCCUUGGACUUAUUAAGAAAAUUGGAAUUGCUGAAGUAUAUCCUACGGAAGAAUCAAAACCAGUCUUUACAACAACUGUAACAUUUUAUAGUGAGGCUGCAACAAAUAAGGCCUUAGAAGAAGACAAUUCAGAGUUCAAGGGAAGUCGGAUUCGUGUAAAGCGUCCAUUACCAGCGACGCAGACGACACUCGUGGUGCGCUCCUAUGGCGAUCUAUCGGAGCAGAGUCUGUGCUCCGCGUUCACCAGUGCGGGCCGGAUCCGAAACAUCCGCAAUUUGGUUAAGGGCAGGAAGUCUAUGGCAACGGCGUUCAUAGAAUUCGACGGCCCAGAAGCCGUGGAGAAAGCAAUCAAGAUGGCGGAGGACGCGCGCAUCGGCGGUAAGAAACUGCACGUGUGCAAGUUCGAGCUUCGCGGCGGACGGAAAAGUGAGAAAAAGAAACACCCGGAGAGUGAAAACGAAGGAGGCAGCGAGGAUUCCAACGAUUAGAUUAAGGAUUUCUUAAAUAAUAGUUUGGGUUCCGUACGGUCAUCAAUAGGGAGACACCACACUUAUCGACACGGAAUCGCAUUUAAAUAUCAGCUGACCUUUACUACAUUUUUAGGUAUAAACUCUAAUCUAAAAAUCUUGAGUAUAAUGACUGAUUCUGACUUCCAUUUUUAUAGAAUUAUUUUUUGUUGCACAUCUUUAUCUUUAUUUUUGAUGCUUGCUUAUAUUACCACUGCCAUAAACCAAGUAUAUAAAAGGUUUUGUACCCUAUUUCAAGAGUAAGUAAGCUAAAAAUUACGUGAAUAAUAUUCAAUGGUCAGUUGACAAAGUUAAUUUUGUUUUAUGGAAUAUAUGUAUUGUUGAUAAUAUUAAUAAUAACUGUUAUGUACUUAGUACAGGUAUGUUAUUCCAUGUUUCAUGCUGUGUUUAUGUACAAACUGCACAUACUUAUAACGUUAUCUGUAAUAUAAUAUUUGUGAAGUACUUUAUCAAAAAAGUGAUACAAAUAACUGAUAAUUAUAAUGAACGAUUGAUUAUCGUACUUAAAACGUAGGAUACAUAUGAAAGUCUGCUUAACCGUGUUUGUUCUUAAUAGAAUUGGCCCAAACAAUUUUCUUAAACCAUAUUCAAUUAUAUUAUCUAGACAAGACGUCAUUUAAAGUACAAAAACAUUGUUACCGACUUUUGUACCAGUUUUGAAAAGGUAAUUGUGAAAUAAAAUAUAGUCA